AUGGAAUUGAGUUUAUACCCCAAGCUAAUCCAGAUACAUGCGCUGCACAGGGAAAACAUGCAAACUCCACACAGGAAGGACUCCUGUCCUUCGCAGCCCACACGUGAUGACCGGGGUUGGCUAAUAAACCCCAUUGGGCGAAACCCAUGGUGGACUGUGUUGGCUGCCUCAAUACCAGCUCUUCUCUGCACCAUCCUCAUCUUCAUGGACCAACAGAUCACCGCCGUCAUAAUAAACCGCAAGGAGCACAAACUUGUAAAAGGCUGCGGGUACCAUUUGGAUCUUCUGAUGGUUGGAGUGAUGUUAGCUGUAUGUUCUAUAAUGGGGUUGCCCUGGUUUGUCGCAGCAACUGUCCUGUCAAUUUCCCACGUCAACAGCCUGAAGCUGGAGUCUGAAAGCUCCGCCCCUGGGGAGCAACCUCGAUUUCUGGGUAUUAGAGAGCAAAGGCUUACUGGGCUGGUCAUUUUCCUACUGAUGGGUUGCUCUGUGUUCAUGACUGGGGCAUUACAGUUCAUUCCCAUGCCAGUUCUCUAUGGUGUUUUUCUUUAUAUGGGCGCCUCAUCUCUGAAAGGCAUUCAGUUCUUUGACCGUCUGAAGUUGUUUGGCAUGCCAGCGAAGCACCAGCCAGACUUUAUUUAUCUACGUCACGUUCCUCUGAGGAAAGUCCACCUGUUCACUUUAACCCAACUUACCUGCCUUGUGCUGCUCUGGGUCAUCAAAACUUCCCCUGCCGCAAUCGUCUUCCCUAUGAUGGUGCUGGCAUUAGUGUUCAUCCGUAAGCUGCUGGACUGUUUCUUUUCCAAUCGGGAGCUUAGUUACCUUGAUGAUCUGAUGCCUGAGAGUAAGAAGAAGCUGGAUGAUGAUUCCAAAAAGGCAGAGGAGCAGGAAUCACAGGAGAUGCUGGUGGAUGACUCUGAGAAAUUAGAAGACAAAGACACAGUGCAGAUCCCAUUGGAGAGCAAACCUCUACACUCACCUAAAACACCAGACCCCAGGAGGUUCCGUGAAGUAACCCCACAGAAAGAAGAAAUUACAUUCUUGGCAUCAGUUGUUUGAAAUUCAGCUGACUUGUGCUGAAAAGCGGCCAUGUGCUAAAAACACACAGAUAUUAGUUGACUCCUUUCCACUGUUUCUCACACUGUUUAUGUAUAGCUGUGUGAGAUAUUGGUGUGUCAGUGUGUGUUUGUGCAUAUGUGCAACAUAUUCUCCUACCGAAUCCAGGUUGUUUUUAAGUUUUAGCUGAGCUUUAGCAUACAUAUAGGUCUCUGUGCUGUGCUGUGCUGUAGUGUACAUGUAUUUUUAUUUAACAUUUUUGUAAUUGUCUGGUUCUCAGUUUUGAAUAAUAGAGUUGUUUAAAUGUUCUCAUUUUAAGUAUAAUACUUGCUGUAAAUAUUACUGGAUAUGUGUGCUUUGUUCACCGUCUAAACAUCCACAAUAAGUAUGUAUGUUUAAGCCAAAUGGCUGAUCAGAAUAAUAACCUCAGUUUGAUCUAUUUUUGUGCCAGUAUAAAUAGCCAUCAGUUACAUUACACCUAUAUGAACCAAAUCAGUUCUUAUCCAGUAGACAGACUUGCCUAUUUUUAUUGAGUGUGUUGUAUUGUUAUAUUGUAAUAUUGAGCAAUAAAAGGCUUCUAUGUGGUUAGAUCACCAGGGAUACUAAUGGAUAAGUACAGUAUGAAGUAAGUGUUUUUACCACCAUUUCAAAGUCUGAAACCUCACCAGUCAUUUGAGGCACCAUGUUGAGUGUAAACUGGACUUAUUUGAAUACCCUUUCUGGUCAUAAAUCCCAGUAAUAAGCCAUCUCUUUAGACUACCUCCCCGCACUUUUAAAACACCCACAAGUAGUUUCUGCACUGAAAGAGGUAAAACCUCAGUGAAAUAACACUUUAUUUACAGUUGCACUUUGUGUAGAUAUAUACUGAUAUGAUUUUAUAUUUUAAAUGGAGUUAUUAUUAUAUAGAGUAUAACAGUGUGAUACAGUUAUUUUAAGUAAAGAAUUUUCUUUUUUUAUAUAAAUGUAUUUUAAUAAAAUUAGUUGAGCAGGUACAGGAAGACACUAGCUGUUAAUAUGAAUGGGUUACAGCUGUACUUUGCCUUCAGAUGAUAGAAGAAGGUCAAUAUAUUAAUUCAGAAUGUAAACUCAUCUUUGGAAUGUCAAGGAAUGAAGAAAUUUCCCAGCUUGACAUUGAAUUACUAAAUUAUCUUUUUUUUUUUGGUCCCCUCCAUGGCUUUUUUGUUCACAGAAAUGUUCUCGUUGACUUGAUUGUACAUGUUAAUGCUGGGAUGUGCUCAAAGAGAAUGUCUUUCAUUCCAAUAAAUUUGAGAUUUUAUGAACAAAA